AUGACGACAACUUCAUCACUCGAACUUACUGGUGCCACAUCAUUCGACCUCUACCUGUGUGGAGCAUCACUUAGCUCUGCAGGCUUCCCACCUUUGGGUGGACGCACGGUUAAUACUGUCAAGGGUCUUCUAAAAUCAGAGCUUGAUGGCCAUGUGAUUGAUGAGUCUGGCCUUAGCAACAUGAAAUUCACCAAUUCCAUUUUCCGUGCGCUCAUCCCCAUAUCCGAGCUUCAAAUUCGGCACAUCCAAAAGAUCAGGUACCACAAGAAGGAUGGAGCCCCAGUAUAUGCACAAGGAAAGUGGAAUUUUAACCGCAGGAAAAAGAGCAAGAUGAGGGACUCAGAGAAUGACGCCACCGAGACAGACAUCACCGAUGACUCAAGAGCAGAACUCAAGGCCUUGGAUUCCCAUGCCUCGACCAUCUUCUCCCAAGGGACCGAUCGCCUUGGGAGUGAUGAUGAAUUCAAUGGCAGCUGGGCCCUGCGCAACCGAAGCGGAUACGCACCAAAACUUUCCCUCCCUAUCUCACCCAUCGAGCGGUACUGGUCUGCAGAGUUUGCGAACUCACCUAUACCAGACCUGUACAAUACGCAGAAGCCCGAUGUAGCCCUGUUCUAUUACAAGAACAAAUCUCGGGAAAAAAGAUGGGUUGACGUCUUGAACAUUGUGGAGCACACCUCCAGUAAUUUAUCUCUAUCUCAUGAUUUAGCGGUGUACUGGGGAUCUGCCACCAAAGCAUACCUUAUCAUGCGAGAGCAACCCUGGCGUUGCUUCAUUCUUGCCUACUCCAUCUGUGCUGAUGACCUUCACGCCCAUUAUUUUGACCGCUCAGGUCUCAUCCUAUCCCUUCCAACCCCCAUCCAUAAAUUUCCAAUAUGUGUCACCGAGGCAAUUGCCUCAACUGCAUUAGCGGAUCCGCAACACUUGGGCCUUGACCCCACCAUCCAUAUGUGCAUUGCUAACUGCCAGGGUACUCACUCCUCUCUGGCUGUUGGGGAAAAAGGAUGGGUAGUCAACAACAGCGGUAAAACUUACUCGAUCAUGGAUGUUUUAUGGAAGAGUCAGGGUUUCUUCUGUCGCGGAACAGUUUGUUACCACAUCAGAGAUCCUGAUGACGGGAAGGACUAUGCGAUGAAGGACUGUUGGGUGCCUGAAGCAAAGAGAUAUCACAAAGUGAAUGUUCUCGAACAAGUCAAGGGCAUCCCGAAUGUCGUUCAACUCGUGGAUCAUUGGGAUGUCAUGUAUGACGGGCAGCCUGACUGUACAGUGCAUAUUCAUGAACACUAUCAGCAGUCUGACCCAGACGAUAGAGGUGAUCACAGAUUCUGCAAUCGAUUUCACCGGCGGCUUGUCAUGACCCCUUGUGGAGACCCACUGUCAGACUUUGGCUCUAGGAAGGAGCUGAUAUGUGCUUUUCGUGACUUUGUCAUUGCCCAUAGACUCAUGAUUGAAUGUGGAGUUCUACAUGGGGACCUCAGCCCAAACAAUUUCAUCAUUCAUGAGGGCAUUGGCUACUUUAUUGAUUUUGAUCAUGCCGGAUUUAUAGAGGAAGGCAAGGCAUGUACAGUUUCAUUUGGUACUGGCACUAUCUCAUACAUCUCCAUGCGCGUCCUUAAGAUGAUGUCAAAGAAUGCGGAGACCGUCAAAAAGACUGCUGCUGACACUACUCCUCAAUUGCAGCCAAUUGAGCAUUACGCACAUGAUGACCUCAAGUCCAUGUUCUACAUUUUUUGCGAAUUUGUUUCGAAGUAUGGGGGGGCGCAUGGUUUGGUUGCACCGACAUGGGAUAAGCUGGCGAUGCCAUGGUCAGAGGCCUAUGAAAACUUAGGUGUCAGUGGCUUGCUUACCACAUUCUUAUCAAAGAAUGGGGCCAUAUCCGAAGACGACUUUUUAAUGGACAGGGUUUCUGAAUAUUUUUCGGAAUUCAAACCCCUAGUCAACGAAUGGCGCUCUCAGAUUCACCUCACGGAAAUCAACACCGAAAAAACAAUCAUUCAUGAUCACAUCCUCCAGAUACUUGUGACUUUUAUCGCGAAACUCGAGGACGAAACACCUAUCCCUACCCCUAUCCCUAUCCCAAUCCCAGUGCAGCCCCAUCCUCGUUCCCAGUCUCAUAUUCCUCAACCCACCGCAGGUCCUUCGACCCUUCCACAUACUGGCACAACUUGGCCUUCGACUAAUCAGCCAGGUCCACGCCGUUCUCAGCGACUUAUGUCUACUACUACUCGGAGGACAUGA